AAAUAGCCAAGGUUGGUUUCACUAGCUGUCAACACAGAGAAAGGAUCGUAAGUAACCGGACUGUUGUAAAUUCAAUGACAGUUGUGGGUGACAUCAUUUGCAUUGGUAUCAAACAUGAGCAAAUUUCGAAUAUGUUUAUUAUAAUUAGUCAACCUCUUGACAUUAACAUUUCAUAGUGCCUGUUAUCCGAAGACGAGACUGACACAGACAGACUAGUGUUUUGUGUACAUUGUUGAUUACGCGGCUAGCUAGCUACUGUAGCUAGCUACUUAGUACUAACCCAUUGAGUGGGUAACUCGCCAACUGAAGCUAUAACGUUUCCUAGCUGAGCCACAACAUCUGCACGUACUGACACACAGUAGAAGAGGGGACUGCUGCUCCACAGUCGGAUCUGAAUCUUCUGGUGCUGGAAUCCACACGAAGAACAUGAGCUAGUAAUAUGAAACGGCUGAAUGAAGAAUGAGGCUGGAGAAACACUACUCCAAAGACCCAACUUGCGCUGUUAGAACAUUCUCAAACCUUCCCUCAACCUCUAACAUCUGACCCCUGACCUCCUAACCAGUCCCUCACCCCCAGUCAUUCCACCUUUGAGCCAACCCCCACCAGCCCUAUCACUUCCACUACCCAGGAUCCUCUAGCCCAGCCCAGGCCCAGUGGAGCAUCCCGUCCCCUGGCCCUGUGCCCCCACAGCGGUGGCCUGUCCCAGCGGUGUGUUGGUGUGCGAUGGCACGGCGGGACGCUGAGGGCUGCCGCGGGGGACUGUGAUGUCAGCGCCCAACAGCCCUGGCGAGAGCCAACGCGCCGCUCCCAGAUUCUUCGUGGGCUGCGAGGACGAUGAGAGCGAGGGCCUGGAGGACCCCGGCUGCAGCAUGAGGACAGAAAUGGAGUUUUAUGAGGACGACGAGGAGGCAGACACGCCCCCAGAGCGACAGAUUGUGGUGGGGAUCUGCUGCAUGAUGAAGAAGUCCAAGUCGAAGCCUAUGACCCAGAUCCUGGAGAGGCUGUGCAAGUUUGAGUACCUCACUGUGGUCAUCUUCCCUGAGGAUGCCAUCCUCAACGAGCCUGUGGAGAAAUGGCCCCUGUGUGACUGCCUCAUCUCCUUCCACUCUAAAGGCUUCCCUUUGGACAAGGCAGUGAGCUAUGCCAAGCUCAGAAACCCUCUGCUGAUCAAUGACCUGAACAUGCAGUACUUUAUACAGGACAGGAGGGAGGUGUACCGUAUCCUGCAGGAGGAAGGGAUUGAUCUGCCCCGCUAUGCUGUGUUAAACCGUGACCCAGAUAGACCUGACGAGUGUAACCUGGUUGAAGCAGAGGACCAAGUGGAGGUGAAUGGAGAGGUGUUUCCCAAGCCGUUUGUAGAGAAGCCGGUGUGUGCUGAAGACCACAACGUCUACAUCUACUACCCCACCUCCGCUGGAGGCGGCAGCCAGCGGCUCUUCAGGAAGAUCGGCAGCCGCAGCAGUGUGUACUCCCCUGAGAGCAACGUGAGGAAGACGGGAUCCUACAUCUACGAGGAGUUCAUGCCCACGGACGGAACCGAUGUCAAGGUGUACACGGUAGGGCCGGACUACGCCCAUGCGGAGGCGCGCAAGUCCCCAGCCCUGGACGGGAAGGUGGAGAGAGACAGCGAGGGGAAGGAGAUCCGCUACCCGGUCAUGCUCACAGCCAUGGAGAAGCUGGUGGCCCGCAAGGUCUGCCUGGCCUUCAAGCAAACGGUGUGUGGGUUUGACCUUCUCCGGGCCAACGGCCACUCCUACGUGUGUGACGUCAAUGGCUUCAGCUUUGUAAAGAACUCCAUGAAAUACUACGACGACUGUGCCAAGAUAUUGGGGAACAUUGUCAUGCGGGAGCUGGCUCCCCAGUUCCACAUCCCCUGGUCCAUCCCUACCGAGGCUGAGGACAUCCCCAUCGUCCCCACCACCUCCGGCACCAUGAUGGAGCUGCGCUGUGUCAUCGCCAUCAUUCGUCACGGAGACAGGACCCCUAAACAGAAGAUGAAGAUGGAAGUUCGGAACCCCAUGUUUUUUGAGCUGUUUGAAAAGUAUGGAGGGUACAAGACAGGGAAGCUGAAAUUGAAGAAGCCCAAACAACUCCAGGAAGUGCUUGACAUCUCCAGGCAGCUGCUGGCAGAACUGGGGCAGCGCAACGACUGUGAGAUUGAGGAGAAAAAGUCCAAACUGGAGCAGCUGAAGACCGUUCUGGAGAUGUAUGGCCACUUCUCUGGGAUCAACAGGAAGGUGCAGCUCACCUACCUUCCCCACGGACAGCCCAAAACCUCCAGUGAGGAGGAUGACACGUGGAAGGAGGGUCCGUCCCUGCUGCUGGUGCUGAAGUGGGGGGGGGAGCUGACCCCUGCAGGCAGGGUCCAGGCUGAGGAGCUGGGCCGGGCCUUUCGCUGUAUGUACCCUGGAGGACAAGGAGACUAUGCUGGGUUCCCGGGCUGCGGGUUGCUAAGGUUACACAGCACCUACAGACAUGACCUCAAGAUCUACGCCUCAGACGAGGGCAGGGUGCAGAUGACAGCUGCAGCGUUCGCCAAGGGCCUCCUGGCAUUGGAGGGGGAGCUGACUCCUAUCCUGGUGCAGAUGGUGAAGAGCGCCAACAUGAACGGCCUGCUGGACAACGACAGCGACUCCCUCAGCGGCUGCCAGCACCGCGUCAAGGCCCGCCUCCACGGGAUCAUGCAGAAGGACCAGCCCUUCACCGAGGACGACUUUGAUAGGCUGGCGCCCACCUGCAGUGCUUCCGUGGUGAACUCCAUGAAGAUCGUGGAGAACCCUGUGACCACGUGUGACCAGGUCUACACCCUCAUCCAGAGUCUCACCUCUCAGAUCCGCAAGAGGUUGGAGGACCCCAAGUCUGCAGAUCUGCAGCUGUACCAUAGCGAGACCCUGGAGCUGAUGCUGCAGCGCUGGUCCAAGCUGGAGAGAGACUUCCGCAUGAAGAGCGGUCGCUACGACAUCAGCAAGAUCCCCGACAUCUACGACUGCGUCAAGUACGACGUCCAGCACAACGCCACGCUGGGCCUGCAGGACACCCUGGACCUGUUCAGGCUGUCCAGGGCCCUCGCUGACAUCAUCAUCCCUCAGGAGUACGGCGUCAACAAGGUAGAGAAGCUGGACAUAGCCUAUGCAUACUGCCUGCCACUGGUCAAGAAGAUCCAGCUGGACCUGCAGAGGACCCACGAGGACGAGUCGGUCAACAAGCUCCACCCUUUGUACUCCCGGGGAGUGAUGUCACCAGGCCGUCAUGUUAGGACCCGCCUGUACUUUACCAGUGAGAGCCAUGUCCACUCCCUGCUCAGCAUCUUCCGCUACGGAGGCCUGCUGGACGAGGAGAAGGAUCAGCAGUGGAAACGUGCUAUGGAUUACCUCAGUGCGGUCUCUGAGCUCAACUACAUGACUCAGAUCGUCAUCAUGUUGUAUGAGGACAACAACAAGGACCCCUCAUCUGAGGAGCGCUUCCACGUGGAGCUCCACUUCAGCCCAGGGGUCAAAGGUUGCGAGGAGGAGGAGAACGCACCAAUGGGCUUCGGGUUCCGGCCUGCCUCGGCAGAGAACGGAGAGAAACAGCCGGACCCUGGCAGCCUGGAGGACCUCUCCCAGGACGAGCCGGACCGGGCCGUCCCUCUGUCAGAGCUGGUCAGCAUGCACAGGAAGUCCCCGCUCAUACGCAACCGCAAGACCGGCUCCAUGGAGGUCCUGUCUGAGACCUCCUCCUCCAGGGCCAGUAGCUACCGGCUGUUCCCCUCCUGCCCUCGUCAGUCCCCUGAGAUGAAGCAGAGUGGACUAGGCUCUCAGUGUGCUGGACUCUUCAGUACCACCGUCCUAGGGGGGUCGUCUAGCGCCCCCAUGCAAGACUACGCACGUACACAUCGCAAAAAAUUCUCCUCCGGCAGUCUGUCCUAUAAAGACGAGUUGUUGUCAAUGCCGGCAGUAAAGCGAUUUUCUGUGUCGUUUGCAAAGCAUCCCACUAAUGGCUUCGAGGGCUGCUCCAUGGUGCCCUCUAUCUACCCUCUGGAGACGCUGCACAACUCGCUCUCACUCAAACAGGUCAACGAGUUCCUCACGGACGUGUGUGAAAACGGAGGAGACGCCCACUCCAGGACCACGAGAGCUCUGUCAGCCAUGUUUGACACCCAGAACCAGCCAUCAGUGGACUCCUACAUGCCCCAGAAAGUGCUGUCCUCAUCGGUGUCCAUGAGGCAGCGCUCAGACAGACCGCCCUGGUACAGCAGCGGCCCCUCCAGUACUGUGUCCAGCGCCGGCCCAUCCUCGCCCACCACAGCAGACACCUCCCCUCGCUUCAGCUUCAGCGACAAGGUCCCCCUCAGCCCCCAGAGCGGUGAGGAGACCCACCCCUGCCAACACAGCAGCUCCCAGCCGCCCCCCACCACGUCCCCCCAGGCCCCGGACCCCCUCACCCCAACAGAGGAGCCGCCCCCGGGGGAGGCAGACGCUCCCUCUGCCACACCUAACCACCUGCCAGGAGAGUCCCCUGUUGGAGCCUCCAGCGGAGAAGCUCCAGAGCCCAGCCCCAGCCCGCUCUGCUCCCCGCUGGCUCAGCUCUCCCUGGGCAGGAUGGAGGGCUACUGCAGACUCCCAGGGUCCCUCCCGGUGCUCCUAGAGUUCCGAGAGAGCAGCAGCGAGGCGGGCUCCAGUGCCCAGACGCCCCAGUCUCCGGACGGCCCGGAGGAGUUCCUCAACGCGCGGGAGACGUCGGAGCUCUGGAAGGGAAACCCGGGGAGCCUGCCCCACCCCGGAGCUCCCCUGGAGGUAGGGGCCCCUCACGUGUCUGAACCCUAGCAAGAGGCGUCGCUCUCUGGGGAGGAUGACGGCCAGGGCAGCCGGCCAGAAGUAGCAGCCCUUCUUUACACCUAAGAAGUGAACAGUGAUCUUGUUACUCCCUGUUGUUCAGUAGCAAGACGUGGAGGGUUGACUUAGGCCACGCCCACCUCGGGCUUGUAUCUUACUGUAAAUUGGCCAAUAAUCAAAGAUUGUGGUUUUCCAUUUCUUAAAAACCUGCCAACAGCUUUCUCUCUGUGUGCCUGUGUGUGUGUUCGUCAUACAACUGGAGCUACAAUCUUUGCUUAAAGGCCACUAGGCAUGUCUGUUUCCAGUUCUACAUAUGCCCCUUGGAAAGCCACUUGUUAUAAAGUGAAGCUUUGAUGUUGCUUUUAUAAACUACAAACAUUCGAUGUUUUUCUGUUCUUCCUACUCUAUUCUGUACUUCCCCUUCAUUUCUUAGUAAGUCAGACCAGCUAUAUGUGAGGAGAGGUCUCUGCUAGUCUCUCUAUGUCAGAAUAAGAAACAGUCCUGUCCGAGUCUUACUGGGACUGUUGUAUGCGGAAACAGCCCAAUCACUUCUUCAUGAAGAUAGCAAAUGGCCAGUGAAACAAGCAGGGAGUGAAGCUGUCAGACAGGGAUCGUUUUUCUCUCUCUUUCUUUUGGAGAUUUACUAAUUGCCUUUUCGUGUUGUUUAUAGUUUAGGAGCAGGGAGACAAAAUAAGUACUGUGCUAUGCUUUUUUUGAUAGGCAAAGAUAUGAACCUGCAAUGCUGAUUUUGACCAGGUAGACAGUCAGGUUUGUCAGAUUUCAACAGCUCUAACCCACCUUACUGCAAGGCAAUGGAUCUUCUAAAUCAGAUUUUACUACAAUGUGUGUACUGCUUAUUGCCAAAGUCCUUAAUUCUCAUCUACCACUAAAACAGUUAAUCAUAUACAGAGAGAUAUAUAUAUUUAUCUUACAAAUUUGUUUGGGAGAUGCAAUUUAAUAUUUUCAAUGCAGAGGCAUCUUAUUGGUUAUGUUUGAACUUGUACCACAUAGCUAAUGUAUAUUUUUGUAUAAAAUCACCUCACAGUGUAGUAACAUUACUCACUGAACAAAAAGGUGACAGCAAUGUUGGAUGGUUCCUUUGUGGUGUCUUGCUUAAUACCGUAAAACGCCUCUGAUUUAGUAGCAGGUGUGUGUGUUUGUCUCUGUGUGUGUGCGUGUGUGUGUGCGUGUGCGUGUGUGUGUGUGUGUGUGUGUGUGUGUGUGUGUGUGUGUGUGUGUGUGUGUGUGUGUGUGUGUAGCUGUACUGUCAGGUCAUUAAGCUGAAGCAAAACUCUUUAUUUAAUGGUUCAGGUUCUGUUCGGUUGUAUUGUGACGUGCUGUUGAGGUGAUUCUGUCGGUGAAAUACACAUGUUUCAGUGUGCAUCCAAGAUAUCUCCUAAUAGCAUUAGAACACUGUAAUCUGCUCUCCUCUCAGUCCAUAACCAUGUACUGUACAGCUCAGAUCAACAAUGUGUUAAGAUAACAAUCUGAUUCUGUUAUACAUUUGGUCAACAGGGGGCGCUAACUAUGCUUAAGUGUAUAGUAUUUUGGUUUAAGAAGCUGAGCCUCUCGGUUUUGACUCCACAGAGGGUGAUUAGUUCACUUUAAAUAUAUACUGUAAAAACUGUGAUGGAGACCGUGUAGUGGAAUGUUAUGCACUUGUAACCCCAUAACGAAGGCUUUGUCAACUGAAACACUCUUACUGUAUGUUGGAGAGCUGUUUGUAAUUGUGCAAUCAAUCAGCCAGACCUAAAAUUAGAUUAAUCAAAUUCACCACCCGCUUUUCAUUAUUUGCUAUUGCCUAUGUGUUAUAAUCUGCUCUAAGGCUCUGUCAUUUCUACAAAUGCAGCUUUAUUUCUCUAACUAAAGGAUGUUAUGAAUACAGAUGUUCUGGUA